AUGGCUGCCUCGCCAUUUGAGACAGCGAUAUACACAGCCGAAAACUUCGUCGAAAGCGCAGGUACCAUUCUUUUCCGGCUCUCUAGUCGAGAAAUCUGUGUCCUACACUUUCUCCAACGAGGCGAGUACAUCCUUCCCAAGGGCCGUCGCAACCUCGGCGAGUCCCGUCAAACAACGGCUACGCGCGAAACCACGGAAGAGACUGGUAUUUCUUGCCGCCUAUUGCCUGUGAACUUGGUUUCCCGCGUCUGCCCUACGAUUGAGACCGAGGAUCUGCCCGACGAGGUACGCUUCUACAAGGGAAUAUGCGAGCCCAUUCUACUACAGACGCGGAAUCUCAAAGAGAGUGGCCUUAAACUGAUUUGGUGGUUUGUGGCGGCUGUCAAUGAAGGAGAUCCCGUCGGCCAGCACGAGAAGGACAAGUUUGACAUUGGAUUUUACAGCUAUGAUGAAGCUCUGGAGAAGUUGACCUUUAAGGAUGACCGCGAAUUGGUCAAGAAGGCCAUUGAGCUUGUUAAUUCCACUAUCGGCUGUUGA